CUGACGGUCAACCGCGGUCAACGCGCGGUUACACCGAUGGUCAAACCGCGUGUUGACCGCGGUUGGUUGAUCGUCGGUUCAACCGCGCGUUGACAGCGGUCAACCGUCGCUCAAACCGCGGGGCCAGUUCAGUACCUUCUUCGGUGACGACGCGAGCGGUGACGACGCGAGCGGCGACAACGCGAGCGGCGACGAGCAGUGACGACGCGAGCGGCGACUGGCGGGCGGCGGCGACUUGCGGUCGAGAUCGGCGAGAUGAUUCGGCGGCGCGAGAUAGGUCGGCGGCUGCUUGACAGGUGAGAGGAGUCGCGGGUGAGAGGAGUUGAGGGGGGAGGAGAAUGAAUUUGAAUUGCUAAGGGCUUGUUUGUUUAAGUCAAUUUUGAAUUUUUGCUUAAGGGUAUAUAAGUAAUUUUACAUUUAAGUUAGGGCGACGUUUAGCAAUUCUUAGGGCGACAUUUAGCGAUUCAGAUGAUAAAUAGUUGAUAAUGUCCUUAUCAGCCAUGAAGUUAUGCACUAUCUCCGGAAUAAGAGGCAAGGGAAAAAAGGCUUUAUGACUCUCAAGGUUGACAUGGAAAAGGCAUAUGAUAGAGUCGAAUGACCUUUUUCACUUGCUAUCUUCGAUAAGCUGGGGUUUUGUCCGCAAUGGAUAGGUUGGAUAAGAGAGUUGAUUUCCUCAGCGAAGUUCUCAGUAAUGAUGAACGGCAAACCGUGUGGUUUUUCCCCCUUGGUGAAUUGUGGUGCAAAGUUACUAAUGCUUGAAUUUGUAAUAGAAUGAAUUGUGGUCUUAUUAUCGGGAGCUUAUCCUAGCAAUAACCCUGUGGUGAAUAACUAUGCAUAACCCAAUCAGAAUCCGCCACAUCAACGUUCAUUCUCUCUCUCUUAAAGUCGAAAUUUAAUUUUUUAACGGACGAUUUCUCACUCGUUUUAAGUCGAAAUUUAAUUUUUUUUGCACAGUUAGAUUAGAUUAAUUGUGCUCUUCAAAAUGAUAUCCACUUUGAUAUAUUUUUGGAACAAAAAAAUUGAGCCUUUUUUACCAGUCUAUACCAUAUGGUAUUUUUACUGGUAUUGAAAUAAGAGCAUACCUAUGGUAUGAAAAGCACAUCAUGGUGGUAUGAACAAACCAAGACUGUAGGAUGGUUGAAUACAUGAUAGUACAAGUAUAUUAACUAUCAUUUAUGACUUUUAACAAUGUGUACCACAAGAUAUCACCUCGUACAAGGGGUGGUAUUGUGUGGUAUUUUUUGGUCUUGUAUUUUGUUCACUCAGAAAUUUGUAGAUCCAAUAGAUCAUGAUGAACUCGCUCCUUCAGUGCAAAAUUUUUAAAAAACAAAUUAAAAGCGAAGAAGAUACCAUAUGGUAUGUAGUGGUACCGAGAGGCAAUAAUUUUUUUCCUAAAAAAAUAUUGAAAAUGGAUCUCAUUUUGUAGAGCACAGCGAACUCGUUCCAUCUUUGCCAAAAAAUUGAAAUCCGAGUUUAAACGAAGAAGAUAUGAGCCGAUUAAGAAAAUAGGAAAAAUAAAAAAAUCUUUAAUUCUCCACCCUUACAUUUGGAUUUUUUGAAUGAAUAGUCCGGAUUUAGUUAUUGAUGGGUGCAUAACCAUGAGUUAUGCACCUUAUCUCGAGCCCUUAUUACCGCCUAAUUUAUUCCAUCGCUUCCAUAUUCCUUCUUAAUUUCUUAUUUUUUAUAAUAUUUUGGCUGAUAUUAUUAUUUUUUGGAUAACAGUGAUAUAAGUUUCAAUUUGUGAUUAAUGUACUACUUAAGAGAUUCGAACCUGGGACCUCCAGGUUUUAGACUAAUAGUAUUACCACUAGGUCAAGCCCUUGUUCGUAUAUUAUGUUUUAGAGAAGUCGAUUACUUGAUUUCACAUAAUCGAAUAGUCGAUUACUGGAUUAGUCGAUUAUUUGAAAUAGAGUAAUCCACUCUCUAAAAUCCAUUGCUUUCGUCCUCAAAUCAUGGAAACAAAUAUUAUUAACUUAACAAAUCUUAAAGAAGUUGGCAACCUAUUGGAAUUUUUUUGGCAAUUAAAGCCCCAACUCUAAUUAAUUAAUUAAUCAUUAUGUGAGACCUUAGUACGUGAGCUUUUGUCCAGAAUGUGACAAUCCUCUCCCUUUCUCUCUCUUAAUUUUCCUUUUUGAAAAAGUUCGUCAAAAAAUAAUUUAAUUAAGUUUAGACAAGAGGAGAUCUUUCCCCCUUUCUCUUGACGGAAUGUUUUGCCUAUCAUAAUCCGGCAUAAUCCGAUCAGUAUAAUCCAUGUUUUUAGUACAUCGAUAAAUUUGUGAAGAAGAACUGAUUCGCUCAAUUUAUACCAGAUUAAACCAAAAUUUAAUUGGAAUUGUGAAUGAAAUAUUUGUUGCCAAACAAUUCGUUUAACUUGUAACCCAUCAAACGUGUAUCACAAUUGUGAUCCAUAAUUUCUAAGUUCUAAGUUCUAACAAUAUGGAGAACUUUUAUAAUGAUGUAAUGUCAAUAUACGGGAUGGGUUAGGGUGGAAACUAGAAUUCUAGUAGCCACCGUGGCUACUUCAGUAUCCUCCGUCUAUUUUUUUUAUUUUUUAUUUUUUUUAAUCUCACGGUUAAAAUUGCUUCAGGGUAAUAUUGGAAACAAAAAAAAAAGACCACACCUGAUUAUUCUAUAUGCUCUACCUAAACCCUAAUUCUCCCCCUCUCUCAUCCAAACCCUACUUCUAUCCACCGGCCGCCUCCACCACUACCAUAGCGGUAGCCUCGCCGGCCGCCUCCACCAGCCAUGACACACCCCUCCAAUAGCAGCGACUUCCGCCUCCACGUUCCAAAAACCCCGCCAUCCGUCGUUGUCCAACCGCGAAUUAGGUGGCUCCGUUCCACAUCAUCGUUUGAGAGAGAGUGCCAUGAAGUAUAUAUAUAUACAUACAUGGAUGUAACGAGAGUGAGAAGCAGAGUAGUGGCGGAAGGCAGAACCAACAUCCAAAGAAAGGCAAAGAGAAAGCAAAAGUAUGAUUUGAAAUGGUAUGAAUCCAUGGCUCCGCCUACUCCGUGCAGCCGCCGCCAACUUCGUGCAUCCGACGACGAUGACUCUGUGCAACCCACAAUGAUGACUCCGUGCAGUCGAAGACGACCCCGUGCAGCCGACAGCGCCGCUAUCUUUCUCUCCGGGUCGGCGACUGUCUGUUUCUCGGACGGUGAAUCGGCGAGGGGUUCGACGGCUUUGUAUCGUUUCCCGCGACGACGACUAUUUGUUUCUCUGUAUGGUGAAGAUGGCGCACCCGCGAGGUUGAUUUCACCUCCUCCGGAUUCUGAGUCGGCUAUUGGCGAGAUUUGAUGCAUUGGUAGUGAUCUAUUGUUUUGGUAGUUAUCUUCUCACAUGUAUAGCUUGGCGUGGAAUGGUAGUGUUCAUUGGUAUGUUUGCAAUGGUAGUGUUCCAGUUUUAUGCAAUUGUUGUGUUUGCAAUGGUAGUGAGUUUUAUGCAAUUGUAGUGUUUGCAAUGGUAGUGUUCGAGUUUUGGUAGUGUUCAUUGGACUUUUUGUGUGUUAAUUGGUAUGUUUGCAAUGAAUGAAAUUCAUACCAAACUAAUCAGACACAAUAAUACGUUGCACAAUAAGGCAAAAUCAAUACCAUUUCAAUAAUGAUAAUCACAAUACCAAUCCAAUUCAUACCACCAGAAUCAAUCCAAUAUGAAAUU